UGGUUCCUGAGCUGGAGUUACCCCAGACCACCCUGGCGGGCUCGGGUUACUUAGGAGUGGGAUUCCCGUCCUCGGCACGACGAGUCGAGUUUCAAGUAACACGACCUCCUUCGUAACUGUACAUGCAAUAGUUCCUUUUAACCCGAAGUACUGUCCCAUCUCUUUGCGCACGACAUCAGACCAAACACCAAGCCCAUUUCAUCACAAGAUCACCAUUGCGAAAUGGCGACAGCCUCACCACCACCACCGCCCCAGACUCAACCACCACUCGAACCUUCCCGUUCAUCAACACUGGUCCCGGCGCCAACAUCACCCCCCUCCCAAACCCCGGGGGAAGGGGGAGGAGGAGGAGGAGGAGGAGGAGGGGGGGGAGGAGGCGAGAAGAAGGCGAGCCAGCAAACCACACCAACCACACCCUCGACGCAGAAUGGGCUGCUCUCGCCGCCGCUGCCGCUGCACAGCGGCGACGUGGGCCUGACGCGCGAGCUGACGCCGGUGGAGCGCAUCCAGCGCGUCUUCAUGGUGCGCCCGUCGGGCGACGCCGGCCGCUCGGGCCUGCACCCGCUGCUCUUCCUGCGCAACGUCUUCCGCUCCGCCAGCUGGGCCUCGCGCAUCGUCAAUGUCUUGUGGCCCGUCGUGCCCGCGGCCAUCGCGGUGCGCUACGCCAUGCCGGAUAACCAUCUGGUGAUUUUUAUCUUGAGCUAUCUGGCGAUGGUGCCGUGCGCGAAUUUGAUUGGGUUUGCCGGGCAGGAGUUGAGUCGCAAGUUUCCGCAUGUGAUGGGGGUUAUUAUUGAGACUACGUUGGGGAGCUUGGUUGAGAUCAUCAUGUUCAUCGUGCUGAUCACACGGCCGGAAUCUGACGGCAUCGACUACAUCCAAGUGAUCCAGGCGGCGAUCCUGGGUUCCGUGCUGGCCACCAUGCUGUUGUGUCUCGGACUAUGCUUCGUCGCGGGCGGCCUGAAGCGGGAGGAGACGCACUUUAGCGAGGCCGUGAGCGAGGCCGGCAGCGGGUUGCUUCUGACGGCCGGUUUCGGGCUGGCCAUCCCCACCGUCUUCGAGCACAGUCUCAGCGGCAAGAUCGCGCAGGAGGAGCUCAUGAGCAAGACCAUCGAGAUCUCGCGCAGCACCGCCGUCCUCCUCAUGGUCGCCUACCUCAUCUACAUCUUCUUCCAGGCGCGGACCCACCACGGCAUCUACGACGCCAUCUUCGUGGCCGACGAGGAGCGCGACGCCGACAAGCACCUCGAGCGCAUGCACCACCGGCUGACCUUCACCGAGUGCUGCAUCGCACUAGCCGUGUCGAUCGCGCUCGUCACCGUCAUCGCCAUCGCGCUGGUCGACCAGAUCCACUCGCUCGUCGAGGAGCACCACGUGUCGGACGCCUUCGUCGGCCUGAUCCUCAUACCGCUGGUCGAGAAGGCGGCGGAGCACCUGACGGCCAUCGACGAGGCGUACGACAACCAGAUGAACUUUGCGCUGUCGCACGUGCUGGGCGCCACGCUGCAGACGGCGCUGUUCAACGCCCCGCUGGUCGUCAUCGUCGGCUGGGGGCUGGACAAGCCCAUGGGGCUCAACUUUGAGGUCUUUGACGUCGUCGUCCUGCUGCUGGCCAUCCUCACCGUCGGCAACUUCCUGCGCGACCAGAAGAGCAACUACCUCGAGGGCUCCCUGUGCGUGCUCGUGUACAUUGCUAUUGCUGUAGCCGCGCUGUACUACCCGAACCCGCACACCAUCGCGGCGGCCGAGGGGGGUGGUGAGCAUCACUGAGUUUUGGGAGGGGGGGUUGGUUUUCUGUUGUUCCAUGGGCGUGUUUUUAGAAGCGGCAUAUUGAUACAUUUACGGCGGGAUUUGGGGGCAAGUACACGAGAGUAAAAGGUUAGGCUUCUG